CCCUCCCAUACGCCCCACGAGUAACGACGAGAACACCGAGCUGGCCCAGAGGGCGCCCUUUCCCGAUAUCGGAACCUGGUCGCUGGUCUUAAAAUCCUAGGUGUCGUCGGACUUUUCUUGGUGAUCUGUACUCUUCCAUCUUUCCCAUCUUUCCUCCGUUCCCUUGUUCCCUCCUUCCCUCCGCCCUCGCUGCUCGGACAGACACAGUCCCAACCUUCGCUUCGCCCAUACACACAUUGAGCUCUCCUUCAACAGGAGCACGUACCGAAGCAAGAUCCCCCCCUCCCGCCCAAACCUCACCUAUUACAUCUUGCCAUCUUGCCAUCUUCGAAUCGUGCUCCACCACGGCCCUCGAGGAUAGUUGUAGCGCUCGCCAUGGCGACCCCAGGAGAGCAAGACGGUGCUGCAUUACGAGCACGGACCACGUCGGAAGCAAUGACGGCAGCGGCUGAACCGCCAGACUCUCCCCCACAACAGGAUGAUCCCUCAAAACCGCGAAAGACAUUUGGUCGCAUCGCACACAAUGGCCGUUUGUUCGUGGUCCCACAGACCCAUGAUAUGGUCUCGACUCUCCUGUCGCCCUCAACGCCGAAGAAAUCCAUAGAUCUGUUCAUCCUUGGUGUAUUGGCCGUACACAUCGGCCUCUACUUCACCCUGCCGACCGCGCUCCGGACGCCCGUGCUACUCGUCCUGUUUUUGUUCUGGCGAGCUUCCUACAACGUCGGAUUGGGAUAUCUCCUGCAGGCACAGUCGAAAUAUGGUCAGUUGGUGUAUUGGGCCGAGAAGUACGCAAUCUUUGAUCCCAAGUCGCCCUUUUACUCGCACAUCCGCGAGGACAUCGAGUCGAAGGUCCGGAACGAGGUGAUGAGUGGCGAUUACAAGUUCGAUGAUGCGCCCAUUGAAUACAAUACCUGGCUCGUGUUCCGGAGGCUUGUAGACUUGAUCUUGAUGUGUGACUUCGUGAGCUAUGUGUUGAUGGCCAUGUCCUGCGCCACCCAGCCGGCCAAUGAGGAAUGGUACUUCACCGUCGGAAGAUGGGCUGGCGGCGCUGUCCUCUUCCUGUUCAACCUCUGGGUUAAGCUUGAUGCGCACCGCGUUGUCAAGGAUUAUGCUUGGUACUGGGGUGACUUCUUUUACCUCAUCGACCAGAACCUUACCUUUGAUGGUGUUUAUGAGAUCGCCCCUCACCCGAUGUACUCGGUGGGAUACGCUGGAUACUACGGCAUUUCCCUCUUUGCUGCUUCUUACACCGUUCUCUUUGUGUCACUCGCCGCUCAUGCCGCUCAGUUCGCAUUCUUGACGUUCGUGGAGAAUCCCCACAUCGAAAAGACCUACAACCCACCGGCGCCGCGCAGAAAGUCCCAGUUGCAGGAGGUCCCUCAGUUGGACGACGAUGUCGCUUCGUUGUCUGGGUCGGUCUUCACCGACAUCGGCCAUGCUUCCUCCGAGCGCCCGCUCGUCCAGUCUUUGGAUCCUUGGAACAGCGUCCAUUUCUCCAGCAUGCUUCUCGUAUUCUACCUUGGUGUGUUCGCGCUUGCGACGCCUAGUACUCCCAUCUACCAGGCUUUGUUUAUCAUCCACGCCUUGCUCUGGAGACUCUGGCACACCAUCGGAAUCGGAGCUGUACUCGUUGGCCAGAGCAAGAACAAGAGCUAUGUUCGCCACUUCUUGAAGUUCGGUGAGACCCGCGAGGACGCUUGGAGACAGUGGAAGGGUGUGUACUUCGUUUCCCUUUCGAUGACGCACGCUUCGUUCAUUGCCGCUGCCUGGAAGAUGUACCAGCUCCCAUCGUCCGACGAGCGUAUGGCACUCUUCAGACACACCGUCGGAAUAAUGCUGGUCGCACUUCAGGUGUGGACCGCGUUCUCGAUUCACGAAUCGCUCGGCGAGUUUGGCUGGUUCUACGGCGACUUCUUCUUCGACCUUCCCAGCCCUCACCUGACGUACUCUGGAAUUUACAGAUACCUCAACAACCCCGAGCGUCUCAUCGGUUGUGCCGGCAUUUGGGGUAUCGUUCUGAUCGCCUCGUCUUCUCCCAUCUUCUUGAUCGGACUGUUCUCGCAUGUCUGCGCGCUUCUGUUCCUUAACCUGGUUGAAGGGCCACACAUGCGGAAGCUGUACGGAAGCCAGAUCCGCAACGAAGCCGGGGUUGCCAAGACCAUCCGCAAGGCCAUGCCCCCUCCCGUUGCCGACCAAGUCCGCAUGUUCCAGGGCAGCGUCGACAAAAUCGUUGCCGAGGCUGCCGAUUUCGUUGAGGAGUUGCUCGAGAGAUCCAGACCCCGUUUCCCCAAGGCUGUCAUGGGCGUCAUGAAGAACACUCAGGCAAGAUUCGCUCCCGCAAGGCUCGCUAUCGAGUUGUUGUCCGAUAGGGAUAGCUCCUCCAUCACCCACGAUACCGAAAAGUACUCGCUCAAGAUUGACAAUGCUACGCCUCAGGAGGGCACCGAGACCUUGGCUGUAGCAUACGGCGAGUCGAUUCAUGUUACUUGGACUGCCCCCAUCGACCACUCGAGCAAGGACUGGGUUGCACUGUAUAAGAUUGGUGAGAAUAGUGCUCGCGAGGUUUCCCGCAUCGCUUCCAUGGGCCGUUGGAUUGCUGUCUGCAAAGACCAAUACGACACCAAAUCCGCCGACCAAGGAAUUAUCUCUUCCGACCAGAAGAACGACAACAACCCGGACACCGUUAUCGGCAAGAUGGAGUUCCGCGGCGAGAAGAGUUUCUGGAAGAACGGUGUCUUCGAAUUCCGGUACCACCACGAUGGAAAGCACUCGGUCAUGGCCAUCAGCCAACCGUUCGAGAUCUGCGUGGAGAAGGUUGAGCUCGACGAUGAUGAAAUCCGUGACGGAUCUGCCCGGGAAUCUGUAGAGAGACAUCUGCUGCCCAUCGUCAAGAGAUGCUUCGAUGACCAGGACCUCGCCCCCAUCGAUGUCGAUGAGGUCUUCGGAGGUGUCGCCGAUGACACCUGCAGUCGCAGGAUCGUCUAUGCAAUUAGAGAAAUGUUCGGCGUCGACCUCGCCCCUAGCGUCGUAAAAGCCGACGGCAACGUCCGAAGGCUCAGCUGGAGAAUAUGCAACGCCCGCAAGGUCUUGGCUCCGUUUAGCAUGCACCACGGCGCAAGCUCGGAAAAUAACUCGCCGCCGUCUACUCCCAAGCGUUAGUUGAGUAAGUAGAAACUACUUACUUGUGUGUUAUGAUGACUUUGUUGAUGAUGGGCUUUUGGCGAUUUCUUCUCUUCUCUCUUUUCUUUCUAUAUCUGGUGGGCGUGUGUGUAUUUUAAGUGCAUUGGUAACGAGGGUGUUGUUUGAUUCUUCUCUUUUGGAUGGUGGAAAAAUGGAAAUAUGGUUGGAUCUAUAUGUGGAAUCUUAAUUGAUCUGUAUACUCACUGUCGGUC